AUGUUUGAAUAUCACCACGACUCAUUAAUUUCAACGUUCGAUGUGAACAUCAGUGAAGCAGGCCUUAUACCAAUCGUAGCUGAUGCUUCGGCAUUGCUUGAACUUGGAAAUGUCGGGACUUCAAAAGCGUGGACAGUCUUGUUCUUGUUCAGUUUACUCUACGUGUUCAACCUCCUGAAGUACUCCUUCGAGGAAAAGGUCAAUGCCCCGGUCGUGGGCCAUAGACACCCUCUCGAGCCACAAUGGCUCGUCCGUCUACGCUUCGUACGAGGUAGCCGCUCAAUACUGCAUGAGGGUUACUCGAAGUUUAAAGAAUCGAUGUUCCAGAUCCGCAGAAUAGGCACCGACGUGCUCGUCAUCUCGCCCAAGAUUUUGGAGGAGAUUCGGAGUAUUUCGCGCGACAAGGUCAACAGUGUGGAACCAUUUAUCCACGACUUUGUGGGCGAAUAUGUGUGUGGGAAGCUGUUCCUGGAAAGCGACCUGCAAAAUCGCGUGCUGCAUCAGAAGCUGACACCGAAUCUGGGACGUCUGGUGCCAGUAAUGAAGGAGGAGUUAGAUUGGGCGUUGGUAAGGGAGAUGCCGAAUUGUCAAGGAAAUUGGGUCGAGCUCGACAUCGUGCCCAAGCUUGCACGCAUAGUGUCGCACAUAUCAGCGCGCAUCUUCCUCGGCCCUGCUGACUGCCGCAACGAGGAAUGGGUCGAGACCACCACGCAGUACACAGAGAACCUGUUUGUCACAGGCUUCAUUCUCCGCCUGGUGCCGAAGAUAUUGCGUCCACUAGUGGCUCCUUUGCUGCCAUCCUUCUGGGGCCUAAAGCGAAACGUAUCUGCAUGCCGCCGUAUCGUGGGUCACAUUAUCCAGACGCGCAGAGACCUCGAGGCACAAAGCGGGCCUGGGUACCAAAGACCAAAUGACGUACUUCAGUGGAUGAUGGACGCAGCAAACACGCGCGAAGCUGAGGUUGGAAACUUAUGUCAACGAGUGCUUGUGUUGAGUCUUUCGUCUAUUCACACAACUGCCUUGACUAUGAGCCAAGCGCUCUAUGAUCUCUGCGCUCAUCCAGAGUUCUUGGAACCUAUUCGGGCUGAGGUGGUCCAAGUGUUGCAGGAGGACGGAGGCUGGGAGAAGAAAGGUACAUUAGGUCGGCUCCGAAGACUAGACAGCUUGUUAAAGGAGAGCCAGCGGUUCAAUCCAGUGUUUCUGCUAACUUUCAAUCGCAUCUAUCAUAAGCGAAUGAAGUUGUCUGAUGGCACAGUGAUACCCCCAGGCACACGGGUCGCAGUGCCAUCAAAUGAAAUACUCAACGAUCCAGAGCAUGUCCCUGGAGACGUCGGACCAGAGCUAUUUGAUGCUUUCCGCUAUUUCAAGGUGCGACAGCAGCCUGAGAAUAGCAACAAGUAUCUGUUCGCAAUGGCGGAUGGCAGUAACAUGGCGUUCGGAUUCGGACGCUUCGCGUGUCCCGGCCGCUUCUAUGUUUCCAAUGAGAUGAAAAUGGUUCUAGCACAUUUGUUGCUGAUGUACGAUUUGAAGUUCCCUGAAGGUCAAAUGCGGCCUGAGAACUUGACUGUGGACGGGGACCUAUACCCUGAUCCCAGAGCACGACUGCUGAUCCGGAAGAGAACCACUUUCGCGAGCGACAUGGACAUGCUGCUUAAGUGA